AUGAAUUCAUAUUCAUCACUGUGCAAGUUACAAGAAAAUUGAAAAAAUUUAAAUUUCUUUAUGGAUGUGUUAUUUCUGUUGCAUUGGUAAAUAGUUGCUUUUUGCAAGAUACAUCUAGUGCUAACUAUGCUGUUAUAACAACAGUCUGUAAACAGAUAAAGGAGCUAAUGUGCCGGUCUAAAUGUCAAGUAAAAAUGUUGGUUUCCAGGCUAGUCUUGGUUACUAUUUAAAUCUUUCUUGAUGUCUGUUAACUCUACUAUGUUUAUAGAUUGUUGUCAAUCUCGUCCCUAGAGAUUCCUUUUCGCAUUCUGAUGGCGCGGUCAGAAAGCGAAUAAGAAUGCUUGGGUACGAGGUUGUAUUGUUGUUUCAAACCACGUUUUUGUUUCACCUGAGCCUGGAUGUACUUUUUUACCUUUAAAUGUUCUUAUUUUGUGUUCUACGAAAAUAUACGGUCAGAUUUAACGAUGAUGAUGAUGAUGAUGAUGAAUAUUUUUAGGAUUGCAAAAAAAAGAUGAUGUUAAAAUAUUGUCUCAUAGUAAAGCCUGCAAGUAUACUAAUAUAAAGAAAAUUCGGAAACACUGUUUCUCAGUAAUUCUAGACUUAAUUAUUUUAUUCUUAUAAUCUAUGAAAGAAUUUAGACUGAGUACGUUGUUAAUAUGUUCUUAAUUUCUGGCAAAAUCUCAGCCUGGACGUUGUUAUUAUUAACUAGGUUUUAUAGUUAAUCGUGUAUCAAAAUGUAUUAGUCCGAAUGUAAUGUUUUCAUGGAGCAGCUAAAAUAAACUUUUCCAAUUUUUUAUAUAUAAAUGACAAUUUUUUUUCAAUAAAAUUUUACACUUUCCAAUAUUUUCUACUAUUUAUAUUUAACAACUUUUUAUCUAUGCACUAGAGUUGCAAGUAUUAUGUUUCUAAGGGUGUGUUACUAUUUGUGAGUUGCCAGGACGAUGUUCCGGGUGUACAUACAGUUUCAUGUCGGGCUACAUCCGGCGUGAAGCCAGUAUAAUAAAAAACGUCGCAAAACCGCGACUACCUCUCAGGUAAACAUUCCUCCCCCGCCCCCCUCCCAAGCAAGAAUAAAAAUUAAAUAAUCAUUACUAUCCGAGGGUCAAGGUUUGCCUACCGCAAAAUAAAUAAAGAUGGGGUAAAAAAUAUAUGUCACCAUAGUCUCUAUGAUGGAUUUCAUUAUUUAACUGUACAUAAACAGGAAGCUUUCGGUAAGAUUGCUUCAAAAAGUGCUUUUGGUUUUGAUAAUUGUUUUUAGUUCACCAAAAAAACUUUAGUGAAAAAAUGUGGUAUCAUAAUGGUUUAAAUUAACGACCAACACUUUCUCUAAGCAACCCUUACGAAUAGAAGCUCCCAUGUAAUUAUUUUAAAGUAUCCAUACUAUAACAAAGUAAACUAGCAUGACUUUGUUGAAUCGUUUAUAACCUUCUUUGUAGCGACUUUGUUAAUUGAGCUGUUUAGGGACAGUGUUGCUUUCAGAACGAAACACCUUAUUUAAGCAUCAAGCUUACUUUACUAAACAAGGCCAAAGUCGACUUUACUGGACAAGACAAUCCAAAUAUGGUGGAUUUUAAAUCAAAAAAUCAACGUUAAAGCAUUGAAUUGCCAACAAUUCUUGGUUGAAAAGGGAAGCUGUGGAUAGCUUUUAAAAAUGUCUAAAGUAGUUUGAUCUCCUCCAAUGUUCAAUUGAAAAAGUAAUAAUUACAAUUUUGAGUUAAUUUAGUAAUUUUAGGUUUAUGUCAAAAACAAAAUUGCGUUAUUUUUAUUAAAAAAUAUGACAGAUUACAUACAAGACAAACACACUGACAUUUUACGCAGCUGGUAUUUGGUAAACAAAUCAGAGUAAACAAACAACAAGUUUUGUUAAAUCCACACUGACAUAGAGAGAUCCUUAAUGUUAAUAAGUCGUUAUAACUAACUGCAUUAUUGCGGUUAUCACAAAUAGGUUCACCCUUAGCUGGCUCUUUCUGAAUUGAUGUGAAAAGCUUCUUCACUGGAUGUUUAAACACUUGUUUAUUGCGCCAUUUUGUACUCCACUUGUUGUUAUUUUUUCCUGUUUCUAAUCUGAAUACAAACGUUUCUUUCAAGUUAAGCCAAACUUCGACGGGCGAAGAUUUAAACAAGGCCUUUGUUAAGUUAAGAUUCUUCAAAAGACUUGCAUUGUUCAUUGACCUGUCAUACACUAUUAAAAAAAUUGGGUGCCUUCGGCGAAGUUUCAGUUUAUAUAAACGCUUACAAAUAUAGUUUCUUACAAAUAUAUAUUCUCCCAAUCUUAAACUCGCAAGGGACCAAAAUCAUUCUUCGAGAUAGAAAGAUGUCCAGGAUUAAGAUACAGGCAAUUCCCUUUUAUGUUCUUUUUAUUACUUGUGUAAUAAUAUCUCUCUUUUCACGAGAACAAUAGACUUUGAAAAUUGACAAGAUCUUUCACACCAGGUUCGAAUUACAAUUCAAAAUAAACAACGGCUGACUGAGAGUUUGUAUAAAAAAGCGGGAUAGAAGUUCAUUGGAUAAACAACACAAGUAGACAAUACAAGGUGUAAAUCAUCAAAAGUGGCAUAAAAUAUUUUGUUGAAUUUUGUAGAAAUGUAUACUUUUCUUUGGGCUUGUUUCAUCUAUUUGUUUGUUUGGUGUGCAGCUGACAAGGAUCCAAUUACACAUGAUCUGACUGGAAAUGUUACUUUUUCUUUUAGAAUCAAUAUGUGACAAAAGCUAUUUUAUCUCCAACUAUGUCAAUAAAAGUCUCCCUUUUACGAUGAAUUUGUUCCAUAAACUUGGAAAUUGUUUUCCUUACAAUGGAACAGGAGCAAAUUCCAAUCUGCUCAAGGCUAUGUACAUACAACAAGAAGCAACGAAGUUAUUCUAUUUUUACGUGGAAGUUGUUCGAUUGAUGGAAUUCACUUAUCCAGGUGAAUUCUACUGGGGAAAUAUAUUGAUAGUGAAUGAUAAUAACAGUACCCGUACAAAUUAUUACAAUUUUUAUAAUGAAAAGAAAAACUCAUUCUCGUUGCUCAUACCGGCCGUUAUUGACUUCACAUACAAUAUCACACUCCUAUCUGUUCCGUAUAGUACCUCUCCACUGAGAAUAUCAUUGAAAGCUCCGUCUAAAUGUGGAAAUUUUCUCCUCAAGGUUAUCACCAACAAAAUCCAGAAUGAAAAAAUGUUUAGAAAUUGUCUAAACGAUCCAGGAUUUGCGGAAAGAGCAACAAUGGCUAAUGAGGUUUGCCAAAUGCAUCCCGGAAACCAAGAAAAACAAAUCGGAUUUGUAAAGAAAUACAUCAUCAACAAAAACUGUGAAUUAUAUGCCGACACUCCUUCGCAGGAGGAAAAAGAUUCUGAAAUAACGCCUCUUAUUAUAAUGUCUGUUGUGUCAGGUGUAUCACUGCUAGUUAUAUUCGUUGGUGUUAUAACAUAUUAUCUGCGGUGGAGGGCAAAGAAAGUUCCAGAGGAACCAGUACUUCCCCACAGAAGUAAUUACGAUCAUCUUCUUCAUUUAAAGGACAUUAAACUACAUGUAUAUAAUCAAUAGAUCAAACAUUUACGCCUGAAAUUGACGAAAAGGCGUACCAAAUUUUAGUGAUUAGUUGAGAUGCGACGUCAUCAAAGAGUAGUAGUUCAAACAGAAUGUACAAAUGAGUCAAAGAAACAUGUUUAAAAAGUUUGUAAACAAACGGUGAUAGCUAUCCACCAGGUUUCAUUUAUUUAAGAAAGAGAAAAAAAUGUUGUCUGCUCAGCUAGACAAAUCAGAUAAUCAUAAAAUUUAAGUUAGAAAGCUUUAAAAUUAUGAAUAUAUAUUAUCUCAUUUUAUAUUAUUUUUAUUUAUUUAUGACUGUCUUUUAUUUUAACAUUAAAAAUUGAAAAACUUUAAAUAAACAUUCUGCCUUUAUUAGGUAUAGCACCUUUUCAUUUACAAUUAUCGAGAUAUUCUUGAUG